UUUGCAAGCACGCUACAGCAACAACGAAGGCCAGCCUCACGCUUCUACAGACAAUCAGUUCGACAAUGGCAGCCACCCUCUCCGUCCGGCCCAACCGCCCUGCCGCCGGCUCACCGUUUCCAUGGCCGCCUUUCCGACGAUCCGGUUCAACAUUUCUCAGUAGAACCGCUUCCUGGAGUGGCGGCGCCGCUGUUGCCCCGCCUCCACGCCGCGCAUUUACAAGGACGCUGCUGCUGCCGGUUCAGGCAACCUCGCGUCCAGACGACUCAGCGCCGUCUAAGAUGUCUCUUGAGCACGCACUUAAGCUUCUUGGAGUCUCUGAAGGAGCCUCCUUCGAUGAAAUACUCCGCGCCAAGAAUUCUAUUCUUGCUACUUGCAGUGACGACAAGGCGAUUGCUCAGGUUGAAGCUGCAUAUGACAUGCUGCUUAUGCAAAGCUUAACUCGGCGGCGAGCCGGGAAAGUUGAGAACAGUCGCAUCCGAUAUGCUGAUGCUAAACCAAUAAAUUCUCCUGGCUUGGGUUCAUCAUCUCAGUGGCUGCGGAAUAUGCCUAUUACUGUUGAAGCCCCAUCUACUCGUGACUUGGGCAUACAAGCUGGUGUAUAUGGGGCACUAGCAGUCUUGACUUAUGUAAAUGGAGCUUCUUCAUCUUCUUCACUGCCUUAUGCAGGUGCUGAUGUUCCUGGACUGAUCUUGGCAGGUAGCUUUGGAGCUUCCCUGUACUUCAUGACCAAAAGGAACGUAAAAUUAGGAAAGGCAACGGUGAUAACACUAGGUGGCCUUGUGGCUGGUGCAGUAGUGGGGUCUGCAGUUGAGAGUUGGUUGCAGGUUGACGUUGUUCCUUUCCUUGGUGUACACUCCCCUGCUACUGUCAUGGAGACUACUUCUUCUUCCUCCAACUUUGAGGCAACACAACCCAUUUCCUUGUUGGCCAAAGCCGCAGCAGCAGUCGGUGCUCGUUUGUGCAUGCGGGAACUAACCGAACAAACAAGGAAAUCUGGGGCAUUUGAGAAUGAUGCGAGUUGUAUGAAGGUGUAACAGCUCGAGAGCUAG